UGUUUCAUUAGUGUGUGUCAGACGGAGCCUGCAGCUGUGGAGGGGAUCGACUCUCUUUACGGGUCUUGGCUCUAAAUAAAGACCGGAUAAAGACAGGCGACGGACGGAGCCUCUCUGCAACAGGACGGGAGAUGGAUAACAGCAAACGGACUGUGGUGGUUACAGGUUUUGGGCCAUUUGGAGAGCACACGGUCAACGCCAGCUGGGUAGCAGUACAGGAACUGAAGAAGCUCGGACUGGGCGGUGAAGUGGACUUGCAUGUAUCCGAGGUCCCUGUAGAGUACCAGACGGUCCAGAGUUUGGUUCCUUCGUUAUGGAAGAAGUAUCAUCCACUGUUGGUUGUCCAUGUUGGAGUCUCGGGUAUGGCCACCACUGUCACGCUGGAGAAGUGUGGCAGAAAUCACGGCUACAAGGGCCUCGACAACAGCAGCUUCUGUCCUGAUUCACAGUGUUGCAUUGUGGGAGGCCCGGACUGUAUCAACUCAGUUAUUGACAUGGAAUCAGUCUGUAAGAGAGUGACCGCCUCGGGGCUGGGAGUAGCUGUGUCUGUCUCCAAAGACGCUGGAAGGUAUUUAUGUGAUUUCACCUACUACACGUCUCUGUACCUGAGCCACGGUCGCUCUGCCUUCGUUCAUGUGCCUCCUCUUGGAAAGCCUUACAGCGGGGAGGACCUGGGCCGAGCGCUGCAGGCCAUCAUCCAGGAGAUGCUGGAGCUUCUGGACCAGGCUGAAGAGAAGAUCCACUGCCAGCAGCACUUCCACUAAGUGACCUACAGAUGCCAACCAGCCUCUCCAGCCCUCACCACACAAGAGAAAUUGCACUUAACCACAAGUAGCCAAACUUCUUUUUUUUUUAUUGUUGUCUUUACUUGGACAAAAUGAAAACUUCAGUGUAUCGCAUGUUUCCAGCGUUUGUUUCUCUUUGUCUUACGUUUUUGCUUCAUGUUUUUCUAGCCCGACCCAGUUAUGUUUUAAUGUCUCCCGAUGGCGAGAAGAUAAAACGGGAGCCUAACUGUGAUGUUGAGUUGUUUCUUGAGUCCUUUUUUCUUUAUAAGAAGUUGUAAUUUUGCCUUCUUUUACAAAGGUUAUUUAAAUCAGGGAACGGGUUGGUUCCAGCUCAUAUUCCCCCCAACUUUGUUGGCCCAAUUCUGACAGAAAAAACCCAAAUCCACCCCACUGAGAUCUGGCCUCCAGGCUGUGCAAUGUUAUUUUACAGAUCUCAAGUUCAGUGAUUUAGUUGUAGGUAUAUCAGAAUUGCCAUAAUGGCUGCACAAUUAUUUGAGAAAGUAUUGAGCAUUGCAAUUAUUACCACACA